AAACUCGAAACCCGAAAAAGUUGAAGUACCCACUCCGGUUCCAAGUAUUUUCAAUUUUCAAAUUUGUCCACCGCUUUAAUUUUAAAGACUUAGUCUAGUUUUUAGAUUAUAAAGAUUAGAUCUAUCUGUUUAUCUCCUUCCUCGCUCUCUUCUCAGACAAAAUACAACCAGUUUCUCUCAAUCUCUCUCGCAAUGCCGGCAACUGAUGCAGAAUUGGAUCUCCCUCAGCCUUCUCAGUCCGCCUUCUCUAUCGGAGAGUAUACAUUUGCAGAUGCUGGAAACUUGGACCACUGUACAAAGUACUUGAACCAGACGCUCGUUACCUUUGGCUUUCCUGCUUCUCUCGAUCUCUUUGCCAAUGAUCCGGUUUCGGUCGCGAGGACCUGCAAUUGCAUAUAUUCAUUGCUGCAGCAGCGGCAGCGCGACAUUGAAUUUAGAGAGUCUGCUAAUGAGCAAAGACAACGAUUAUUAUCAGAUAUCUCAAGAUUAGAGGCAAAAGUUGAGAGGCUUGAUGCACAGUUGCAAGCUAAAGAUAGAGAGAUAGCAACAAUUACUAGAACGGAAGCCAAAAAUACUGCAGCUUUUAAGGCACAGAUUGAGAAGCUACAGCAAGAACGAGAUGAAUUUCAGAGGAUGGUGAUUGGUAAUCAGCAAGUGAGAACUCAACAGAUACAUGAAAUGAAAAAGAAGGAAAAGGAGUACAUAAAGUUGCAGGAGAGGCUGAACCAAGUCUUAAUGGAAAAGAAGAAGGAAUCAAGAUCAGGAAUGGAAAUAAUGAAUUUGCUUCAGAAAGAAGGGCGGCAACGUGGGACCUGGAAUGGGAAGAAAGCAGACAAUGAUUUCUAUAAAAAGAUUGUGGAUGCUUAUGAGGCAAAAAAUCAAGAACUGAAAGCAGAAAAUGCUGAUUUAAGAGCAUUACUGCGCUCAAUGCAGGUAGAUAUGCGUGAUUUCUUUAAUGCUCCUAAUGGGUUGCCAAAGCAAUCUUUGCCUGUUAGCGAAAGACAUGAAAAUGAUCCAUCACAAUCGCCACUUGGUGGGAGGACGGAUGUCUUUGAUCUUCCUUUUCACAUGGCUAGGGAUCAAAUAGAAGAAAGUCUUCGCACUAAGAUGGCUUCUGUAAAAGAGCGGAUGGUUCAAUUACAGGAUGCGCAAAAAGGUGCUGAAGUCACUUCUGAAGCAACAGAGAGGGAGCUUGAGCUUGAAGCUCAACUUGUUGAAGCAAGGAGCAUAAUCCAGGAGCAGGUAGCCAAGUUUGCCAAUCAGAAAACACAUUCGGCAUCCAUCAUGUCCAAACAUCUUGCCACGGCAGACAGACCAAGGGAAUCUAUUAUUCCAUCGCCAGCUGAGAUACUGAGGAUGCAUGAGGUUAUGCCGAAGGUGCCCGAUUUCUUCCUCUCUAGGGCUGGUGAUCUGGAAUUACAUGAGAGAUGUUGAUGGGGUUUAAAAUUGCUAGGCUUAUGAUGUAUUCGCUGUAUCUUUGUUCCACCUUGACCAGUUAUUCUAUAAUCCGUAUCCUCUCUAGCUGUUCCAGAUUGAGACCAAUUCAUUGCUUUUAUUUAACAUGAAUUCAUCUUUGCAAAAGGUUUUACCUUGAGAAGUGUCAGAUUCUUAACCAAGGAGAUAGGGGGGUAUAACAUAAGAAGCCUAAGGUCCGUGUCUGCAAAUCAACUGAAGUUGGUUCUUUUGAAAAGGUGUGCAGCAGUAAGCUAGCUAGUAAAUCGUGGAGUCCAAUAUGGUAUUCAGAUUGUAGUAACUAAAUUAAGGAUCUAUCCUGAAGCUGUAGUGUAAAAGUAAUUAGUUUUUAGGAAUCUUUGGUUGUAUUUGUAAAUUAUAGGCUCACUGAGAUUUCUUUAUCUAUUUGUAUCCCAUUCUUGUUUUAAGUAGAAGAACACUCCUCUUGUGUAUUGAUAUUGGUAGUUUGAUGCACUUUGCUUGCCAUAA